AUGCCUCACGUCCACGAAAAACGUCACCAACCCGUAGACGGUCGCCGUAGGCCUUCUAACGGUUACGACCGACACGCCAAUGGUUACGAUAGACAUGCUACCGGCUACGACAGAAAUCCUAAUGGCUAUGAGCGACGUUCGCAUGGUUACGACAGACCAGCUAGCGGCUAUGCACGACCUCGUCAGCAUAUUCAACAACGCCAUCACCAUUUCCAACAUUUGAACCCAUUCGAAAAACAUCUCGUGGCGGCCACAGGUGAAUUUGUUGGAACCUUCUUAUUCUUGUUCUUCGGAUAUGCAGGUCACCUCAUGGUACUUGACCAAGGUGCUGCUACGCCGAGUGGUUCGCGAGUGAUUUACAUUUCGCUUGCUUAUGGUUUCUCGUUGUUGGUUACUGUUUGGGCGUUUUAUAGGAUUAGUGGAGGACUGUUUAAUCCGGCGGUAACUCUGGGUAUGUGUAUCGCUGGACAAUUACCCUGGGUCAGAGGUGCUUUCCUCAUACCGACACAAUUGAUUGCCUGUAUGUGCGCGGGCGCUGUGGUGAAAGUAAUGUUUCCAGGCGACAUCUCAGCAAUCAACACAACGCUGGCACCCGGAAUGAAUCUUGCGCAAGGCGUCUUCGCUGAGAUGUUCUUCACCUGCUAUCUUGUGUUUGUAAUUCUCAUGCUCGCAGCUGAAAAGUCUAAAGAUACAUUCUUGGCACCGAUUGGAAUUGGAUUAGCGUUAUUCGUCGCCGAGAUUCCUGGCGUUUAUUACACCGGCGGCUCACUAAACCCAGCACGUAGUCUUGGUUGCGCCGUAGCUGCGCCUCAAUUCCCAGGAUACCAUUGGAUUUAUUGGGUCGGUCCUCUUCUAGGCGCUUUAAUCGCGGCGGGAUACUAUCGCUUCGUUAAGAUUUGCCAUUACGAAGAAGCCAAUCCUGGUCAAGACAAUGCUCAUGCUCCCCCAGAGGUGUAA